AUGGAACUUAGUACAGGAACGAAAAACUUUCUUAUAUUUAUUCAAGAAGAUUGGAAGUUGUUGUUAUGCCUUACUGUUCUAUUUAUUUUAUACUUUCAUUACACAAGUUCAUUUGAUUACUUUGAAAACAAAGGAAUAAAAUUCAUGAAGCCAGUAAUUUUCCUGGGAAAUUUGGGGCCGAGAGUAUUUGGAACAAAAUCUUUUCAUGAAUUACAAAUAGACAUUUACAAGCAUUUCAAAGGAAACCGCUUUGGUGGGGUCUUUGAAGGCCGUAGACCAGUAUUAUACAUAUUUGACCCAGACCUUAUUAAGUCAGUGAUGAUUAGAGAUUUUGAUCAUUUUACUGAUAGGAACACAUUAGGAAGUAGGGAGCCAAAAUAUAUAAGUAGGAGUCUUCUUAACCUAAAGGGUGCAGAAUGGAAAGCUGUUAGAAGUAUUAUGACACCAACUUUUAGCUCAGCUCGUCUCAAAAAUAUUCUUCCUUUGAUUCAUUCAUGUGCAGAUCAAAUGGUUGAUUUUUUGAAACUAUAUGAGAACAAAGAUGUAGAUAUGAAAGAUUGUAUGGGUCAUUUUACAUUGGAAGUCAUAAGUGUCACUGCAUUUGGUAUAAAGAGUGAUGCCUUAACUAAAGAAAAUGCUGAAUUUGUUAAGAUAGCAGAAAAGUUUAACUAUAUGCCUCUUUAUAAAAGAUAUUUCAUUUUCUUUGUAUUAAUGUUUGUUCCUGGUCUAUUCAAAUAUCUCAAUAUUUCAUUCUUGAAUAGUAAAACAAUGAGUAAACUAAAUGAAAUAUUGCAAGUUACGAAGGCUGAACGUAGAGUCUCUUCAUUAAAGCAUAAUGACUUCUUGCAACUAAUGCUUGAUGCAGCGCAAAAAGAGAAGGAUCAGGCAAAGGAUAAAGAGGAAUUGCAUUUAGACGAUGGAACAAUUGAUGCCCAAAUAAUCUUAUUCCUUCUCGCUGGAUUUGAAACGUCAAGUUCGUUGUUAUCGUUCGCAAUACACGUGCUAGCUACACGGCCAGAUCUACAGGAGAAACUACGAAAACACGUCAUAGAAGUAACGGAAGGAAAGGAAAUUAAUUAUGACCUACUCACAGAACUUGACUAUCUAGAAGCAUUUCUCAAUGAAACACUACGCAUGUACCCUCCGGUUGCAAAAGUGGACAGAAUUGUUACUAAACCGUACGUUUUACCCGGGUCAUCUAUUAGCCUGGAGGUCGGUAAAAUAGUGUCCAUACCGAUAUACGCCAUUCAUAUGGACCCAGAAAUAUAUCCAGACCCACAAGAAUUUAAACCAGAAAGGUUUUUAAAAGAUAACGCGGCCAGAACGUCUCAUCUGUUUUUGCCGUUUGGAGCCGGACCUAGAGUUUGUAUAGGCCUUCGAUUUGCAAUGAUGUCCACAAAAAUGGCAAUGGUGUCACUGUUAAAGAAUUUUAACUUCAAAAUCUGUUCGAAAACUCAAAAUCCUGUACAAUUUGAUAAACGUGCACUUAUGUUGAAAGCUAGCAAAGGAUUAUAUGUUCGUGUUGAAAAAAUUUAA